AUGGAGUUCCCCGUUCGUACAUUCAAGGUGGUAGUCGUUGGAGAUGGAGGUGUAGGGAAAAGAUCUGGUCCCAUUGUGUUUGAUGUAUGGGAUUGUGCUGGGCAACAAGAAUACAGAGGCAUUUCUGAUGGAUAUUAUAUGAACAGCGAUGCAGGCAUCAUUAUGUUUGAUGUUACAAGUCGAACUACAUAUAAAAAUGUUCUUACCUGGUAUGGAGAGUUGAGGAAAGCGGCUGGCGAUGAGAUCCCGAUUGUAUUGUGUGGUAACAAAGUUGACGUGAAGGGGCGUAAGGUGCGAUACGGCGACAUCACCUCGGGUCUCGAGGCGGGCCUUCAGUAUUACGAUAUAUCUGUAAAGCGUGAUUUCAACAUUAAAGAACCCUUCCUCUGGCUAACCCGCAAGCUAGUCGGAAACGCAAGCUUGGAAUUUGUGCCUGACACGUCAACGCCUCCGAAUACUGCCGAGAAGUCAUGUGGCCAAGAAAUGGGCCCAAACGAAGAUAAUGAUCUAGACAGAGAAUCCGAGAACGGCCAUCAAGAGGACCUAGCCGAGAACCUAGAUGAGCCCAACGUGACCGACGUGGACGCUGAUACUGCCACGGGUGAAUCCAGCCUAUUUGUCCUCUGCAUAUGCUGCACGAGGAUGAUAUUAAUUCGGUCGAACCUGAAUUCUGACAUUGCGAAACUAAGCCCAUCAUCGACUUCAAAGUUUUCACUGGCUGUAACGUCAUGUCGGCAUUGUCUGAAAUCGCAAGCCUGGUCUAAGACCAGCGAGCUGUCGCGAGAAAUGCUUGAGAAGUCUCGAAUAUAUGAGUGUGCGCGCAAGGUGGCCGGGGAAGAAACGGUUGUAACCUUGGGGGAUAGCAUAGUAUCGCCUGUCCCAGUUCUUACUCUUUUAAGCAAUCUAAGUCCCGAAUGCCGUGUCUGCGGGAUCCAGACGAGUGGCACAGUGCUGCAGAGAUUGGACGAGGUAGACGGCGAGAGUUUGAUUUUGCCCCAUUUGCCUGGAGCUUUUUUGUAA